UGAACCAUAUCCUUUCUACUAUAAAUAAAACAUAGCAUAACCUGGUGAUUUUCUGACCUUCUCCUAGAAGCUACCAACAUUAGCUAAUAGCGUGAUGUUGGAAGCACUUACUGCAUUGGCUGUGUCCAUAAUAUUUGCCUCUGUGUCCUCACAGAGUUACAAAACAUUUCCGACCAUUGCUGCAAAGAUAGAUAAACAUUCAACUGGCAUUUAUCCUGUAUCAGAUAGAUCUUGGUGGAAAAGCACUAAACCUGCGUGGAACCACUUUGAUCCAACCACUAACGACGUCUUCGAUUUUUUUCGAACACGCGUGAUCACGAGCACAUCCAGUACAACCAGCACAACCACUAAAAAACACACUGCAGAUGAACGCACACGAAAGACAUCCCGAUUACGACCCAUAGUAGUGACAAAAAGCAGAUCAGGAAAGGUUGCGAGAAAAGAGCGCAUAAAGAGGAUUAACAGAAGGCGCAGAUGGCAUCGUAUUCUUCCCGCCCACAGAAGGUCCUCGUUCCAUAGAUACAGAAGUCUGGAGGAGCAAAAGCAACAGAAGCUCUUUGAAGGUAAGAGAAACAACGAUAUGUCGCUUCGCAAAAAUUACGGUAGAUGGGUAUUCGUAAACGAUGGAAAUAAGAGAAACAACGACAUGCCACCUCGCAAAAAUUACGGUAAAUGGGUACUCCUGAAUGAUGGAAAUGAGAGAAACUACGAUAUGCCGUCCCGCAAAGAAUUUUAUGAUAGAAAAAUACUCGUAGACGAUGAAAAUAAGAGAAACAACGAAAUGCCGCCUCGAAGAAAAUACGGUAAAUGGGCACUCCUAAAUGAUGGAAAUGAGAGAAACUACGAUACGCUGCCUCACAGAAACUACGGUAAAUGGGCACUCCUAAAUGAUGGAAAUGAGAGAAACUACGAUACGCUGCCUCACAGAAACUACGGUAAAUGGGCACUCCUAAAUGAUGGAAAUGAGAGAAACUACGAUAUACCGCCUCGCAGAAAUUACGGUAAAUGGGCAGUACUAAAUGAUGGACAUGAGAGAAACUACGAUACGCUGCCUCGCAGAAACUACGGUAAAUGGGCACUCGUAAAUGAUGGAAAUGAGAGAAACUACGAUAUACCGCCUCGCAGAAAUUACGGUAAAUGGGCAGUACUAGAUGGAAAUGAGAGAAACUACGAUACGCUGCCUCGCAGAAACUACGGUAAAUGGGCACUAGUAAAUGAUGGAAAUGAGAGAAACUACGAUACGCUGCCUCGCAGAAACUACGGUAAAUGGGCACUCGUAAAUGUUGGAAAUGAGAGAAACUAUGAUAUGGCCCCUCCCAAAGAAAUUUAUGAUAGAAGGGUACUCGUAGACGAUGAAAGCGAUUAUGCAAAGCCAUACAACGAAGUAGAAGCUGACGAUGACGUUGAAGGUGAUCAAAUGUAUAGGAUCUGGAAGCCACGAAGGAGAUCGAGAAGAGUUCCUGUCUAUAACGUCUAAGAUAAUGUAUAAUCCAUUGAAAUGCACUUAAUAAAAGGGAAAGAAUCAUUAAACCUUACAAACU